AUGCCAAAGGCGUCGGAGACUGGAAGUGCACCGGCGCAGUACUCGAAGCCGAUUGUGACGCAGAAUAAGAAUACUACGAAGUUCGAGGUUGAUGGGAAGAAGAUUCCAGAUGUGGACUUUGAUAUUGGGGAGAGUUAUGCGGGCAUGUUGCCCAUUAGCGAGCAGAAGAAUGUUUCCGAGUUGUACUUUUGGUACUUUCCAUCCGAGAACACCGAAGCCACAGAUGAGAUUCUGAUUUGGUUGAAUGGCGGACCAGGCUGCUCUAGUUUGGAAGGCCUGCUCCAGGAGAAUGGACCUUUCCUAUGGCAAUACGGGACCUAUAAACCAGUCAAAAAUCAGUGGACCUGGAAGAACUUGACCAAUGUUGUCUGGGUGGAGCAGCCAGCAGGCACGGGCUUCAGCAAGAAGCAUGGCACACCCUCUGCUACAGACGAACUCGAAGUCGUAGAGCAAUUCCUCGGAUUCUGGAAGAACUUCGUCGACACCUUCGACUUGCACAACCGCAAAGUAUACAUCACUGGAGAGAGCUACGCCGGCUACAACGUCCCCUACAUCGCAGACGCCAUGCACAACAAGACUGACAAGACCUACUACGGCGUGGAAUCCAUCAUGUUCUACGACCCAUCCGUAUCCUACGACGUUGUCCAAGGCGACAUUCCAGCCGUGCCAUUCGUCGACACCUGGUCAGGUCUCUUCAACUUCAACAAGACUUUCACAGAUCACCUCCACCAAAAGCACGAAGAGUGCGGCUACGCGAACUUCACCGAUGUCGCCUUUACCUUCCCGCCCACAGGGCCCCUCCCCACUCCACCCGACGUGGCCUCCAAGGACGACAGCUGCCGCCUCUUCAACGAAAUCACCGAAGCCGUAGCCCUCACCAACCCAUGCUGGGACAUUUACCAGGUAGCCACCACCUGCCCUCUCCUCUGGGACGUGCUCGGCUUCCCUGGAUCCUUCGAUUACAUCCCCGAAGGCGCGACCAUCUACUUCAACCGCACAGAUGUCCAGAAGGCGAUCAACGCCCCAGUAGGCCCAUGGGCUGAGUGCUCCAGCGGCGUGUUGGACACAGAUAACUCCCCACCUUCCGGCCUCAGCGUCCUCCCAAGAGUCAUUGAGAAGAACAGCAAAACCAUCAUCGCACACGCCGAUCUCGACUUCGUCCUGAUUAAGAAUGGAACCAUCAUGAUGAUCCAGAACAUGACCUGGAACGGAGCGCAGGGCUUCUCGAAGGGGCCGGGUGAUUGGAACGAGUAUUACGUGCCAUACCACCGUGAGCUCAAUCAGGGUACCCUUGCAGGCGCAGGGAUCUUUGGAGAGUGGUAUACCGAGAGAGGCCUCACAUUCUCGUCGGUCGCCCUUUCGGGACACAUGGUGCCACAGUACGCGCCCAGCGCGGCAUAUCGACAGCUGGAGUUCUUGUUGGGCAGGAUUGAUAAUCUUGGGGAGGUUAGUGAUUUCACGACGCAGGAGGGGGAUUAUGGGAAUAGUAAUGCGACGAUGAAGUUGUUCUGA